CGUGCUGCCUCGCUCCGCUCUCCAGGCAAGACCUCGGCAUCACCAGACAGGCCCGCCUCCCGCUCGCCGCCACCGCGCCCCGAGGAGGCGCAGAGGGAGGCGACCGCCCCUGAGCCCCCCGCGCGCAGCCCUGCCACCCCACAGCCGAGUCCGGGGCGGCUGCGCAGACUUAGACUCCGUGGGGUCCGGGAGGCCGGUGCGGGGGUGUCGGCAGCCUUCGCCCUCCUCGCGGCGGCGGCGGCGGCUGGCACGGUGGCCGCCGCCUCCCGCGCGUCCUCGCUGCCCGGCGCGACCCCUGGAUUGCGUGCCCUCGCUCCCGACCCUCCGGGCGGGCCCCCGCGCUCCUGCCCGCCGUCUGGAUGGGUCUCCUGGCUGGGAUUCGGGCCACUUGGAGUUAAUGUCCAACGGGGGGUCUACGGAGACCGGAUCCGAGGUGCCGCUGCCGGACGGGACUCUAAGAUGAAGUUAUGGGAUGUCGUGGCUGUCUGCCUGGUGUUGCUCCACACCGCGUCCGCCUUCCCGCUGCCCGCUGGUAAGAGGCUUCCCGAGGUGCCCGCCGAAGACCGCUCCCUCGGCCGCCGCCGCGCGCCCUUCGCGCUGACCAGUGACUCCAAUAUGCCUGAAGAUUAUCCUGACCAGUUUGAUGAUGUCAUGGAUUUUAUUCAAGCCACCAUUAAGAGACUGAAAAGGUCACCAGAUAAACAAGUGGCAGCGCUUCCUCGGAGAGAGCGGAAUCGGCAGGCCGCGGCUGCCAGCCCGGAGAAUUCCAGAGGGAAAGGUCGCAGAGGCCAGAGGGGCAAGAACCGGGGGUGCGUCUUAACGGCAAUACACUUAAAUGUCACUGACUUGGGUUUGGGCUACGAAACCAAGGAGGAACUGAUCUUCCGGUAUUGCAGCGGCUCCUGCGACGCGGCCGAGACGAUGUAUGACAAAAUACUAAAAAACUUAUCUCGAAGUAGAAGACUAGCAAGUGAUAGAGUAGGCCAGGCAUGCUGUCGACCGGUCGCCUUCGACGGCGACCUGUCCUUCUUAGACGACAACCUGGUUUACCAUAUCCUAAGAAAGCAUUCCGCUAAACGGUGUGCGUGUGUCUGACUCCGGCUCCAGAGACUGCUGUGUGUUGCAUUCCCGCUACAGUGCGAAGAAAGGGACCAAGGUUCCCAGAAAAUGUUUGCCCAGAACGGAAGAUAAGGACCAAGAAGGCGGAGGGAGGCGGAGGAAGAGGAAGAGGAGGGGGAGAAGGAGGAAGGCAGCCAUCGUGGGAGCCUGGUGGAAGAAGGCCCAGCUCCAGAAGACCGGAUCGGAGUGAGAACAGCCGUCUGAGCACUCCAGCAAGGCAGCUGAUGGUCACCGGAAGCCCAGGGCCGGUGUCCCUGCCUAGCUGUCGCCAGCGUUGAUCCGCCACAGUCCAAGGUCAUCGAUCGCCGCCGGGUCGCGCGGAUGCACGCCAAGAACCAAGCCAGUGUGUCUCCUGUGGUUCGUGUCCACAUGUCUGCAGACACCAGGGAGAUGGGAUGAUUCUGGUGUCACCUCUUGUCGCUACAUUUUACUGCUGAAAAUAAGAGAGGCGUAUUUUCCUGUCACUCAACGGAUUCACACCCUGGAGAGGAGGGGGGGGAACAGAAGCCGAGACGUAAAGGAGAGGAUAGCCUUUGAAUCUGAAAACCGAGGCCUGAGGUUUACUACAGUCAGCAUUUCGGGGGAUGCUUGGUGGUUGAUUUUGAACGCAGUGUGUCGGGGAGGGAGAAGUUGGCUAGGAACCCAAAAGGCUGUCCUCGUGCUUAGAAGCCAACCCGGAGGCAUUUGCUUCAUGCCCUCUGAAACAGGAAGUGAAUUGUGGUUUUCGGCAGCGUUCUCGUAGGAGAGCUAGUGGGGAAGGUCCCAGCUGCCCCGCCAGGGAGCGCCGGGGCCUAUCGGUUUACAGAGACGGAUGUUACAUACACAGCUCCGUUUAUGCGUGGUCACCAGUGACCAGAAGCUCCUCGAUGCAAUGCAUCUGUUUCAAAUACAGAGGUAUAGAGAAGAUAUUUAUUGAGAUUUAAGUUAUUGUUAUUUAUUACCAUUCACUAAUGAAUUUCUCUUUUCUUCCCUUAUUUAUUAAAGUCUCUUUUCAAAGGUGCCAAAGUAUAUGUGCUCACAAAAUACAAAGAAAGGUGACAAAGGAAAUAUUGAGAACAAGGGUCCAUGCUCUUCAAAGUAUUAAGAGGGUUUUUUGCUAGGCAAAAAUCACUUACUGUACCUUCAGUCCUUCACUAACUAUCUUCGUGCCCCAGAUUUCAGCAUUUCCCCCUCUUCUUGUGGACAGGGUGUCCCGUAGUCUAGGCUGAUCAGGAUCAGCCUAGACUUACCCUUGGCCUUCUGAUCCUCUGGCUUCCUGUGGUGUUGGUAUCACUGACAUCACACCACAUCCGCACACUAGGAUGGAAUUCAGGGCCUCAUCCAUGCUAGGCAGCUGUAGCUACACCCCUCCACACCUACUUUUUACCCGUUAAAGGAAGGGGCAUCUCAGCCCCGCCCCCUCACUGGGAGUACCAGCCCACUGCCUCCUGUUUCUGACUCAUCAUAUCCAGUGCUGAGAGAGGCCCUGGGUGCCACUGUCCCACACAUACAAUAUCAUAACCACAUAGACAGAAGGCUGAAGCCCUUCUUGGUAGCCCUGGACUUACCGUCACUUAAAAGUGAAAUGAAGGGCCCUGCCAGAUUGCCAAGGUUUGGUUCCACCUGGUGGCACCUCUUCCUCCAUGCUUGCCCCCUGCUUCUUCCCUGAGGUCACAAAGGCAGGAGCACAGGGCAAAACUUGCAGGGAGAGGCAGUCUGCCCUGUCCUUUGCUAGGGCUCAACUCACUCCUGGGCUCAGCAUUUGCUAUCCCUUCCAACCCAGUGGGUUCUAGGGAGAAAGAUAGAUAGGAAGAGACACCUGACUGGUCACAGGACAUAUAAGAGCCCCCAUCAUUGUUCAGAGGGGAGGAAGUAGUGGGUAGAAAUGGUACCUCCCACUGCCCCCAUAGUGUAUCUGUCUGGCAGCUGACUUUAUGGUACAUGCCUUCAGUCGUAUGUUAGAGCUUGUUACACAUUUCAUAAAUUGAAUUUUUAUGCAGAAAUUAAUUUAUCACAACCUUUGUGGCUGCAGCCCCCCCCCAAAAGUAGGACAGAUAGAUCUAAAAUAAUUAAUGACUAAUUGGCCUGUCUCAGUUAAUCAUGUCAAAUUUUCAAAGUAACCAAGAGGUAAAAAGGUACUAGAUAGCCCCUCCCCCUCCUGUGGCCCUAAAGACCCAAGUUACAUGGUUCCAGGCCCUCUGCAGGACUGGGAAGUAAAGGUAAGCGAUUCUCUCUCACCCUCUCUUGCUCAAAAUGUUGACAACCUUAGCUGCCCGGCACAAUUCAGGUGUAGUUCUGGAUCCUCUGUUCAAUUCGGAGAAUCCUGGCAGGUGUGGUAGCUGAUGUUCCCAGGUCCAGACACAGCUUCCUGCUCUCAGGGGGCAGGGAAGGGCAGGGAGGAGGGUGUCCCCUGUGUGCUCAGUAUCAUCUGUACGCCACCAAGUCCACACAAGGGUAAAGUUUGUGAGGUUUUUUUCCUUUAUUGUUGUGAUCAGCAUUUGAAGCAGUAAGGAGCACGCUUCUUUGGAAGUUCUGACCUCUCUGAUCUGUCUCGGUCGUUUGUGUUAUACAACCAAAGUUCUCUACAGACUUUAUUUUUGUACAAUAUCAU